AUGGGAGCAGCAGAGGUGAAGAAGUGGGUACCUGUGGAAGUAACAACACACAAUCUGUACUUCCAUGAGGAGGCGUCGGUAUUUACUAUGGAUACAAACGGAAAGUUGAUAGCAACCGGAGGAGGCGACAAUGAAAUAAGACUGUGGAGAGUUGAAAAGGGUAGUAUGGAGGAGGCAGAGUUUCGUUACACAACAGCAUUGAAUUCGUCAGUAAAGAUUGUGUAUGAUUCUGUUCUUUCUGGGCAUAGGAGAGGAGUGAAUUGCAUUAGAUUCAAUCAAGAUUUGCUGGCAUCGUGCUCUGAUGGAGGAGAGGUUAUUGUUUGGAUAAGCAAGAAGCCUCAUGUGGUAAGGAGGAUAGACGGGGACGAUGCAUACGAAGUUGUAUGGGGGAGAGGCCAUCUGUUUGUUGGAUUAUCGAGUGGAUGCAUACUUGUUUACAAGGUGCAUCACUACAGACUGCAUAAUGAUGCUGAGGCAAGCAUGAAUGGCAGCAAUCCUGUGAAUGCCGCUGAUGAAGGCAUGGAUGCACAAAUGAUACAAAAGAUUCAAUGCCACAGCGAUGUGAUCCAGGGGCUUGCAUUCAACAGUCGCUUUGGAUUGUUAACAUCGUUAGGAAAGGAUAGAAUUGGAAAAACAUAUGCGUUUACAGAUAAGCUUGUGGAGGUGGAGCACAUGGAUGAGAUUAAUGGCGAGAAGAUGUUUUCUACUGGCAGGGGGUUUUUCAGAAGAUUGUCGUACUCUCAAGACGGUACACUUCUGUAUCUUGCCAGUUGCAGCUCAAGCAGUGUUAUUGUGUUGCAUUAUCCAUUCAGGAUGGAGCAUGUGUAUGCAAGAAUAGGGCCUUUGGAUUCUGAGCCUUUGAAAGUUGUUUGCGAUGAAGACAAGCUGUAUGUUGCAACACGAAAAAGACUGUAUAUGUUUGUAGAGCAAGAGCUUGUGCUGUGUGUAGACAACAUUUCUUUUAUGGCAAUAACUGAUGGAUGUGCUUUUGACGGGAUGUGCAUUCUCUCAUCUCUGGAUGGCUUUCUUUGUUCGCUGCGUGUAAAGCAAUGA